AUGAGACCGGUGCAAAAGGAGAAGAGAAAACAGUCGCCACCACCCACCACCCGCCCUCGCACGUCGAGCAACCACCUACCCCUCCACCACCACUACCGCCCAACCAACCCCUUCCUCGCCUCCUCCCCCGCCCUCCUCGCAUUAAGCAAACUAGCCCUCGACCCCGCAUCAACCAUCUCAGCCAGAACCGGCCCACCACCAUUCAUCGAACUAGCAGGCGUCGUCCCAACCGUACUCGCACUCGUCGCUCCCCCAUUCACCACACCUUCAUUCGCCGUAUCCGCCCCCGACCCAGAAGCAGACGAACCCGACGAACUAGCCGAACUAGACGCCGCCUUCCUUGUGAUAUUAUUCGCAGCCGCCAUCGUCCUCAGCAAAUUGCCCGUACUAGGCCUCUUCUUCGUCGUCGCCGUCAGGCGCAUCGAACCCCCACCAUCUCGUUCCUUUGUCUCCCUCCCUACACCGUUCAUCCCAACGCCAUUCACCUCCCUCUCCCGCUCCCUAGACCCCAAAACCGGCAUCGUCGCACUCCUCUCAAUCCUCUUCAAAAACGGACUCGGUAAAUUCUCCUCAUCCGCCAAAUCAUACUUGGGCGGCGGGGGUAACGGCACCGAACUCUUCGAAUUCAUCGUACCCUUCGAACCCAUCGCACUACCCUUCACCGACGACGACGACGACGAUGAACCCGCCUUUGACGACACCGUACCCGUUUUCGAAGCUUGCUGCACGGACGCCGACGACGAUGACGAGGCCUUCGUUUGA